AUGUCAACAUCACAUCUUCCUGCCACUACAGAUUCAAUUGCUCAGGCUUUAGAAACAAAAAACCCAUCUGAAGCCAUUUCUAUCUACUACUGCAUACUAGAGAACCCAUCUUCUUCUCCUGAAUCCCUCAGGAUUAAGGAACAGGCAAUCACGAAUCUCUCAGAUCUUCUUAGACAGGAGAACCGGGCGGAGGAGCUUCGAAGCCUUCUGACCCAGUUGAGGCCCUUUUUUGCAUUGAUUCCCAAGGCAAAAACUGCUAAAAUUGUUCGUGGGAUAAUUGAUGCAGUAGCUAAAAUACCAGGCACUUCUGAUCUCCAGAUUUCUCUGUGCAAAGAGAUGGUGCAAUGGACCCGUGCUGAGAAGCGAACUUUUCUUCGACAGAGAGUUGAAGCAAGACUCGCAGCUCUUUUGAUGGAAAAUAAAGAGUAUUCAGAAGCAUUAAAUCUGCUUUCUGGGCUGAUCAAGGAGGUGAGAAGAUUGGACGACAAGCUGCUUCUUGUGGACAUAGACUUGCUGGAGAGUAAGCUCCACUUUUCCCUAAGAAACCUCCCUAAAGCCAAGGCUGCACUUACGGCAGCAAGAACAGCAGCCAAUGCAAUUUAUGUUCCUCCAGCCCAACAGGGUACUAUAGAUUUGCAGAGUGGGAUCCUUCAUGCAGAAGAGAAGGAUUACAAAACUGCUUACAGCUACUUCUUUGAGGCAUUUGAAGCUUUCAAUGCACUUGAAGAUCCCCGAGCAGUAUUUAGCCUCAAGUAUAUGUUGUUGUGCAAAAUAAUGGUGAGCCAAGCUGAUGAUGUUGCAGGAAUAAUAUCAUCCAAAGCAGGGCUACAGUAUGUGGGGCCUGAGCUGGAUGCAAUGAAAGCUGUUGCUGAUGCUCAUGCAAAACGCUCCUUGAAGCUCUUUGAGACUGCACUUCGGGAUUUUAAGGCGCAAUUAGAGGAAGACCCAAUUGUUCAUCGGCAUCUCUCGUCCCUAUAUGACACUUUACUAGAGCAGAAUCUCUGCAGGUUGAUUGAACCAUUCUCAAGGGUUGAGAUUGCUCACAUUGCUGAUCUGAUUGAACUGCCUGUAGACCACGUGGAGAAGAAACUAUCUCAGAUGAUUCUGGAUAAGAAAUUUGCUGGGACUUUAGAUCAAGGUGCUGGAUGCCUCGUCAUUUUUGAUGAUCCUAAAACAGAUGCAAUCUACCCUGCAACAUUGGAGACUAUUUCCAAUAUUGGCAAGGUAGUGGAUAGCCUCUACGUGAGGUCUGCCAAGAUUAUGGCUUAA